AUGACAACGGUGGCACGGCGGAGGCUAAUACGGGACUUGAAGAAGCUCCAGUCAGAUCCCCCUCAAGGAAUCAGUGCAUCACCAGCACAGGAUGAUAUCAUGAGUUGGACGGCUGUGAUGUUUGGUCCAGAUGACACGCCGUGGGAAGGUGGAACUUUCCAGCUCGAGGUGACAUUUUCGGAGGAGUUCCCGACAAAACCUCCCCAUGUGAAGUUCCUGACGAAGAUGUUUCAUCCGAACAUCUACAACAACGGAGAGAUUUGCUUGGACAUCCUGCAGGAGCUUGCUCGAAUGUGUGUGUUUGUCUACGACGUCCGAAGUCGGCCUCUGUCCAUGCUUGUCCCAUCCACGUACAGCAUGGAUGUGAAUAGGCUCACAAGGCCACGUUCCCAUUACUCGCAGCGCCUGAAGUUUAUCAACACCCUCAUCAAGGGUCUUCAUCUAAGUGAAGGCGACAGAAUUACUGAUGAUCGCAUCGAGGUCUACAACGAAGAGAUUAUGGGCAUGCUUCGCAAGUAUGUCACUGGGCUGAACUUCGAAUGGUAG